UUCGUUACCAACUUUCUUUUCUGCCUUAUUUGUCAGCGUCCAACUUCUUCUUCUUCCUCUUCUUCUUCUUCUUCUUCUUCUUCACUGUUUCUUGACAACAUUUUUCUUUUCUCCGUUUGUCUUCUCUGAGGGCUCAUGAGGAACUAUUCAUUUCCUGCCACCGACCGGGAACAGGGGAAUGCCGGCAGACCUCCUUAUACCUCUUUCUACAAUCACAAUCACUACCCCGGUUUUGUACAACGCCGACCGCGAUACCCCGAUGGUCAAUAUGGACGCCAGCCAAAACCAAAUUUCCCCAUGAAUCACACGUUGGAUCGGCCUCCCGGACCCGACCCGAUCAAACCCAAUUUCAUCGUCGAACUCCUGCGCCCGACCGGUCGCCAGUGCGCCAGGGUCCUCAAGAAACCCGAAAUUGAAGCCUUGAUUUCCCAAUGCAACAUCGCUGCAGAAAACCUAGCCGUAUUCGACUCCGGCCCUGUUGCCGCGUCUAUCUCUUUCCGGCAAUGGGUCGACACGCUCACCGCGACUAUUUCGCUCUGGGAGUCCCGGCUUCGCGGGAGCCACGAAUUUUCCGUGAAGGUUGUCUCCAACGUGCCGGUCCCGUCAGACACUCUGGAGCUCAGGGAGAAGCUCCGAGCCCUUUUCUCUGCCCACGUGAGGUCACUGCUUGACGGGGAGGCCCUGAAGAAGUGGAGGAAGAAGGUUGAGGAGAAGUCCUCUGAGAUCGCUGCAGUGUCGGCUAAGUUGAGGAGGAAAGGUGGUGUUCGCCAGAUGAUGUUCCACAAGCUGGUUGAUGAGAAGGAAAGUUUAAUGGCGGAGAGGGACUUGGUUUCAAAAAGGGUUAAGGAGUUCGAGAGUGCCAUACGGUGCUUUUUGAAGUAUCUUGAAGGUUGUGUUGCAGAGAAGGAGGAUUGGGAUGGUGGCGAACAGCUUGUGGAGGUGUUUAAGUUCAAGGGGGACUACAAUUGGGAGCAGAUUCACCACAUGAUUUUGCGGGAGUGCCGGAGGCUGGAGGAUGGCCUCCCUAUCUAUGCUUACCGGCAGGAUAUUCUCUCGAGAAUUCUUACUGAACAGACAAUGGUUUUGAUUGGAGAGACUGGCUCCGGCAAGAGUACGCAGUUGGUUCAAUUCCUUGCUGAUUCAGGAAUAGCUGCUGAUAAGUCCAUCAUCUGCACUCAACCCCGAAAAAUUGCUGCUUUCUCAUUGGCACAUAGGGCCAGGGAAGAAAGCAAUGGGUGCUAUGAAAAAUCAGUGAUAUCGUAUCCAGCAUUUUCGUCUUCUCAACAGUUUGGUUCUGGGGUAAUAUAUAUGACGGACAACUGUUUGCUGCAGCACUACAUGAAAGAUAGGAAUUUGUCUGGGAUUUCGUGCAUCAUUAUUGAUGAGGCUCAUGAAAGAAGCCUGAACACUGACCUUCUUCUGGCAUUGGUUAAAAAUUUGCUUAACUGUCGGCUUGAUUUACGGCUUGUCAUAAUGUCUGCUACAGCUGAUGCAAAACAGCUUUCAGAAUAUUUUUUUGGCUGUGAAAUCUUUCAUCUGAUGGGGAGGAACUUUCCAGUUGAUGUCCAAUAUGUCCCUAGGGCCACCGAGGGAACUACCAGUUGCGGUAGCAUUGCUUCAUAUGUUCACGAUGUUGUAAGGAUAGCUGCAGAGGUUCACAAAACAGAGGAAGGAGGGACUGUUCUAGCCUUUUUGACUUCUCAAAUGGAGGUAGAAUGGGCAUGUGAAAGGUUGGAAGCUCCCUCUGCAGUUGUCUUACCCUUACAUGGGAAGCUUUCUUUUGAGGAGCAAUUUCGUGUUUUUCAAGAUUACCCUGGGAAAAGAAAAGUCAUCUUUGCUACAAAUAUUGCAGAGACAUCACUUACCAUUCCUGGAGUUAAGUAUGUUAUUGAUUCUGGAAUGGUCAAAGAGAGUAAAUUUGAACCUUUCACUGGCAUGAAUGUCCUUAGAGUUUGCUGGACCAGUCAGAGCUCUGCUAAGCAACGCGCUGGCCGUGCUGGGAGAACAGAACCUGGAAGAUGCUAUAGACUUUACUCAGAAUGUGUUUUUGAGUCAAUGCCUCCCAACCAGGAACCCGAGAUUCGCAGAGUUCAUCUAGGGGUUGCAGUUCUGAGGAUUCUUGCUUUGGGCAUCACAGAUAUAAAGGGUUUUGAUUUUGUUGAUGCACCUAAUGCUGAAGCCAUUGACAUGGCCACUCAGAAUCUUGUUCAGUUAGGAGCUAUUACACAGAACAAAGGUAUUUUUGAAUUGACUGAAGAGGGAAAGUAUAUAGUCAAAUUGGGUAUUGAACCAAGGCUUGGCAAGUUGAUCAUUAGUUGCUUUCGUUUUAGCUUGUUGAAAGAGGGCCUUGUUCUUGCUGCUGUUAUGGCAAAUGCCAGCAGCAUAUUCUGCAGAGUUGGUAAUGACGACGAUAAGCUAAAAGCUGAUUGCCUUAAGGUGCAAUUUUGUCACUGCAAUGGUGAUCUCUUCACACUGCUUUCUGUCUAUAAGGAAUGGGAGUCUCUGCCUGAAAGCAGGAGAAAUAAAUGGUGUUGGGAGAACAGCAUCAAUGCCAAAUCCUUGCGAAGGUGUGCGGACGCAGUCAAAGAGUUGGAAGGUUGUCUCAAAAAUGAACUUUCUGUUAUCGUUCCUAGUUACUGGGUCUGGAAUCCGUAUAAGUUACUCGAGCAUGAUACUCAUUUGAAAAAGAGCAUACUUUGCUCCCUUUCGGAAAACAUUGCUAUGUACUCCGGAUAUGAUGAUCUUGGUUAUGAAGUGGCUUUGACCAGGCAGCAUAUUCAGCUACAUCCAUCAUGCUCUUUGCUGACAUUUGGUCAGAAGCCAAGAUGGGUUGUUUUUGGUGAAAUCCUGUCAAUUACUAAUAAGUAUUUGGUCUGCGUUACUGCUUUUGACAUUGAAUCUUUGUCUACUCUUGAACCUCCUCCUAUGUUUGACAACUCAAAGAUGGAAACAAGGAAGUUGCAACUUAAAUUGAUUACUGGUUUUGGCAGCGCCCUACUGAAAAGGUUUUGUGGGAAGUCCCGCAGUACUCUGCUCUCUCUUGUAUCACGGGUUAGAAGUGCUUGUCUGGAUGAGAAGAUUGGUAUUGAAGUGAAGGUUGAUCAGAAUGAAAUUCAACUAUUUGCAUCCUCGGAAGACAUGGAAAGAGUUUUCUUCACUGUAAAUGAUGAUUUGAAGCGUGAACAGAGAUUGUUGCGUAAUGAAUGCAUGGAGAAAUGUUUGUACCAUGGGCCUGGAAUCACACCUUUCGCACUGUUUGGAGCUGGGGCUGUGAUCAAGCAUCUGGAACUUGAAAAGAGAUUUUUGACUGUUGAUGUUUAUAAUUCAAAUCUUGAUGCCCUUGAUGAUAAGGAGCUCGUAAUGUUUCUGGAGGAACGUACAUCCGGUGUUAUCUGUUCUACAUUCAAAGCAACGAGCAGCGGAAAAGAGAGUGACGAGAAUGAAAAAUGGGGCAGGGUAACAUUUCUCACUCCCCAUGCUGCUAAAAAGGCUGCUGAGAUUAGUGAAGUUGAUUUUCAUGGCUCUAUACUUAGACUAAUUCCUUCACGAACAUAUCUUGGUGCUGAUCAUAAAAUGUUCUCAUUCCCGGCUGUUAAAGCAAAAGUUUAUUGGCCUCGUAGACAGAGCAAGGGAAUUGGAGUUGUCAAAUGUGAUGUCAAUGACAUCCAUUUUCUGAUUGACGACUUCUCUAACCUUGUGAUUGGAGGAAAGUUUGUGUGGUGUGAUCGAAGUAAAAAGCAUGCAGAUGCUGUUGUGGUAGGUGGAAUUGAUAAACAGCUUUCUGAAGCUGAAAUUUUGGAUGUUUUGAGGAUGGCUACAAGCCGGAGAAUCUUGGAUUUUUUCCUGGUGAGAGGAGAUACUGUGGUAAAUCCACCUGGUGGUGCUUGUGAAGAAGCCGUAAUGAGAGAAAUAUUUCCCUUCAUGCCUAAAAGGAAUCUCCACAAUAACUGUUGCCGUGUCCAGGUCUUCCCACCUGAACCGAAGGAUUCUUUUAUGCGAGCACUCGUCAUCUUUGAUGGGAGAUUACAUUUGGAGGCAGCAAAAGCUUUGCAGCAAUUAGAAGGGAAAGUAUUGCCUGGCUGUCUUUCGUGGCAAAAAAUAAGGUGCCAGCAGUUGUUUCACAGCUCCUUGUCUUGCUCUGCAUCUGUCUAUGCUGUAAUCAAGAAUCAGCUGGAUUCCUUAGUUGCAAGGUUCAAACAUUUAAGGGGUACAGAAUGUUAUCUAGACAGAAACAGCAACGGCUUCUAUCAGGUGAGAAUAUCUACCAACGCUACAAAAACUAUUGCAGAGUUGAGAAAACCUCUUGAAGAACUAAUGGUAGGGAGGAAAGUAGACCAUGCCUGCCUCACUCCAAAUGUUUUGCAGCAUUUGCUCUCUAGAGAUGGUAUCAAUCUAAAGCGGUCAAUACAGAAAGAUACAGGAACCUUUAUACUCUUGGAUAGGCAUUGCCUAAAUGUACGGAUCUUCGGUACCUCGGGGAAUGUUGACAGGGCUGAAGAGAGAUUGGUUCAGUCCCUUCUCGCACACCAUGAAAGCAAGCAACUUGAAGUCCAUCUGAGAGGUCUUGGCUUGCCCCCGAACUUGAUGAAGGAAAUAGUGAAUCAAUUUGGGCCCGAUCUACAGGGGCUCAAAGAUAAGGUACCGGGAGCUGAGCUCACUCUUAAUGUUCGCUACCAUAUAAUUUCUGUUCAUGGUGGCAGAGAAUUGAAGCAGAAAGUUGAAGAGAUCAUUUAUGAGGUAGCACGGAUGAGUGUUGGUUCAUCGGAGAAGCACAGUGAUGAAGUAACCUGUCCCAUUUGCUUGUGUGCAGUUGAGGAUGGCUACAAUCUGGAGGUCUGCUUACAUUUAUUUUGUCGGUUAUGCUUGGUAGAACAGUGCGAGUCCGCGAUAAAAAACUUGGAUAGCUUUCCAAUAUGCUGUACCAAGGAGGAUUGCAAGGCUCCUUUUUUACUGACAGACUUGAGGUCUUUAUUAUCAAGUGAGAAAUUAGAGGAGCUCUUUAGAGCUUCUCUGGGGUCAUUUGUUGCAGCCAGUGGGGGUGCCUACAGAUUUUGCCCAUCCCCGGAUUGUCCCUCUGUAUAUCGAGUUGCAGACUCUGGGACAGCUGGGGAGCCAUUUGUCUGCGGAGCAUGUCAUGUGGAGACAUGCACUAGAUGCCAUUUGGAAUAUCAUUCAUACAUUUCGUGUGAGAGAUACCGAGAAUUCAAGGAGGACCCAGAUUCAUCACUUAAGGAGUGGUGCAGAGGGAAGGAAAAUGUGAAGGCUUGCCCAAUCUGCGGAUAUACAAUUGAGAAGGUGGAAGGUUGCAAUCAUGUGGAAUGCAAGUGCGGGAAACACAUUUGCUGGGUCUGUUUGGAGUUCUUUGCUAACAGUAAUGACUGCUAUGAUCAUCUGAGGUCUGUACACAUGAGCAUCCAAUGAAGCUUUUUUAACUGCCAUUGACAUCACUAAACAUUUACAGGUUUAGGUUAGUCCUUGUAUAUAUUGACCAAAUGUAGAUAGAUAUUCAAUAUGUGCAGCCUUGCAAAUCGCUCGAGGCUAAACAUAAUGAAUGAAUGCUUGCUUCUGUACAUAUUUAUCCUGCUCAUCUAUAGAUGCAAUUUUCCACCA